UUGACGCUCGACUUUGUGUCUCUGGUUCUCUCUUACUUCGUGUACUUUAUAUAUUUAUACCAAAACCUUCCCUUUCUUAAUUGGUAUAUAUCUAUUAAUCUAUCUUUUAAAGAGACACUUGAAAAAAAUGCAAGGAACAAUUUCUUGUAUGAGAAAUUAUAACAUGAACACGGUCGGGGAAUCUCUGCGGCCGCUAACGCUUAAAACGCAAGAAAACGGUGAGAGCGUUCGGACGUUGGUGGAGGAGAACGCGGUGAUCGUGAUUGGACGGAGAGGAUGCUGCAUGUGCCUCGUGGUGAAGAGGCUGCUUCUUGGACUUGGAGUGAAUCCGGCGGUUCUUGAGAUCGAUGAGGAAAGGGAAGAGGAAGUGUUGAGUGAGCUAGAGAAGAUUGGAGUCCAUGGCGGCGGAGACACGGUGAAGUUACCGGCGGUUUAUGUAGGAGGUAGGUUGUUUGGAGGGCUAGAUAGGGUUAUGGCCACUCUUAUUUCUGGUGAGUUAGUUCCAAUUCUUAAAGAGGUUGGGGCUCUGUGGUUGUAAUUGUAAUUAAAGAAUCUGGUUGUUAAUAUUUCGGCUUUAUAAUUGGAUUGUUUAUAUAUUUUUUUUUUAUAUGUGUACAAAUAAAUAAACUAAAAAUUAAAAUCUUAAGUUGAA